UUCGAGAUCAAUAGAUAAAACAAUUUUCAUUGAAUGCUCAAACCGAUUCAAAUAGACAAUUAUCAAAUAUUCCAAGGAAUGUUCAAACCAUUGUAAAGUAAUGAUAUUUAGUACCAAGAUAUCACAUGAAGGAGUCAUGGCUUGACGAAACAAUGAUCGAGAAAUAAUUUUUGAACUGAUAAAAAAUUUCCUGAUCUGUAUUCUAACAUAGAAUGAUAACAAUUUGCAUUCGAUUUAAUUCAUGGAACAUCUUAAUAUGGCACGUGGCAAAUGUUUUCAUAUUGAUUCAUACGCUUAAAAUUUGUUAAAAACCAUCGUCUAAUAUAGAUAUGAAAUUAGGAUAACACAUAAAUUUGAGCUCAACAUUCAUAAAAUCUGACUGGCAUUAAAUAUUAAAUUUUUUUCAGAAAAAACUGGACGUUCUAGAGAACCUGGAUGAGUACAAGGUGAAGUAUAAUGGGAAUCAUGUUGUCUUUGGAAAAUAUGCUACAAAAAUGACCGCUGAGAAAUUUUUCCGAUUUUUCGCACAGUGUCAAAGCCCAUGUAAAAAGACCCUAGCAUUAAGAUUUCUGAUGAGGAGCUUCUUCAAUGAUGAGAUAUUAGCAACCAGGUCAUUGAGUGGUGCGGUCAGCAACGCACAUCGUACACUACCUCCGAAACCACCAUUAGACAUCAAAAUAAUAACGGAUGUUUAUUAUUUGGCGAGAAAUUUUUUGAAGAUUGAUACAUAUAUGUUUUGCAGAUUAGUUACAAGUUUAUGUGCGGAUUCUGUAAAAAAAAUGGGGAAGAAGAAAAAGAAGAAUGUGGAAAAACAAGAUGAUGAUCAGGAAUAGUGACUCAGGUCAUCAUUAUUAAUAUUUUUGGAGAAAUUGCAGUGCUUAUGAAUCAUAGACUUGAAGGGAAAUCCCAUAGAUGGCGCCAGCGUCAGUUCUCUUUUAUAUAUUUGAUUCAAUUUAAUUAUUAAAUUAUAUUCUCUGUUGUAUUUCUUCCUCUGAUGAGGUUUUCUAAUGUAAAUUACAUAAUUUGUAUUUAUUGUAUAAUUUUAGCUAAGUUUUCUUGAUUGUAGAUUCAUGAACUCUGUGCGUAAUAUUCUAUGGUAAAAGUCUAUGUUCUGGAAGCAUGAGAUUAUUCUAAAUCUCCUCUCUUCUCUCUAGUUAAGUUCGUAAGUGUAUAGUUAACAGUGUCGUUAACUGUCUCGUGUUUAACACGUUCUGGUAAAGUCUUAAAGUGUUAAAAGGCUUUCGCUUUUAGAGCUAUCUGUUUUAGCUCUUGUAUAGUUAACAGUGUCGUUAACUGUUUCGUGUUAAACACGUGUUUUCGUGAGUCUAUGUUAACAGGCUCACGUUUUCUGUUCUAACUGUUGUUAGUUUUAAGUGUUCAAAAUAAAACCAUUUAACCAGCGCAGGAAUUAUUAUUUUAUUUAUAAUUUUAUACAGUCCAUUAAAUCGUAAAUAUUUACAUGGUCCUUCGUAGCCGCAUAUUUUUAUAGAAGCUUCGAACCGUAUAUUUCCAUGGUCCUUCGAACCUGAUAUUUCUAUAAAAGGUUCGAAUCGUUUAAUUCCAAGUUACUACGUGUACCGCAUUCUGGUUAGUGUGUAAAAUUGUUACAUCGAAAGACUGGUGACCUUUCUGUUCCUGUUUUAAAAAAGACAUCAGUGGAAACCGAGAAAGUGCCAGAGGAAAAGUCCAUCUUUCGAGUUGAAGUCUCCAGAAGAAUACUGUUUUCGUGUGAGAAAGAGCCAAAGGAACCCAUUUGUUAAGUAUCCUUUGUUUUACCUACCAAUACUAUUUGAGUCAACAAAUUUAUUCGCUUAUAUAGUUAGUAUAUUUAUCAGUUAUAUAUAUAUAUUCAGUAGGUAUAUUCGUAUCAUUCAUUAUGGAUAAAAUGCUUGUUAGAAAACGUGCUACAGCAAAAGCAAAGUUCACAAUAGUUGCAAAGAAAUUAGAACCCCUCAUUGUGAAAUUUGAAAGUGAUUCAUCUUCUUUGAGUGAAGGAGAUUUUGAUUUAAUUAGAAUUUUUAAAGAUGAUUUAUCGUCAAUUGAUGAAUCCUUUGAUCAAGUUCAGUCACAAAUUGAAAUAUCUUGUGAAGACGAUCAAUUUGAUAGUGAAAUAAUUCAAAGAGAGGAAUUUUCUGACAAUAUGUGUAGGUUUCGAAAUAAAAUUAAUUUGAUGUUGAAUAAGAGAAACGUUCUCAAUCAUGAUGUCAAAUCUGAGGUAAAGUCAAGGGUACAAUUGCCAGUUAUAGACUUGCCUAAGUUUAAUGGUACAUAUGAAGGAUGGUUGAGUUUCAAAGAUCUUUUUCAUUCUCUCGUGCAUUCCAAUCAAUCAAUCAGUGAUAUACAAAAAUAUCAUUAUUUGCGGGCUAGUUUAAAUAGUGCCACAUCCAAAAUGAUAGAGUCCCUCGAUUUUUCAUCGGAAAAUUAUAUUAUCGCUUGGGAAUUACUAUGCAACCGGUUUGACAAUAAAAAGUUUUUAAUUAAUAAUCAUAUUAAGUGCCUAUUCAAUUUAAUUCCAUUGAAAAAAGAAUGUUCAGAGGCACUACGUAAUCUUAUAGAUUCUCUCUUUAAACAUUUAAGAACACUGAGUAAUCUCGGUUUGAAUGUGGAUUCUUGGGAUCCAUUGUUAAUUUAUUUAAUGACGACUAAACUCGACAAAAUUUCAGUAUGUGAAUGGGAAAAGGUGAAAAGCAAUUUGGACCUGCCCACCCUUAAGGAAUUUACUACCUUUUUGAAGAAUAGAGCUGAUUUGCUUGAAUCUUUGGAACAAAACAAUGAAAUUAGCCCAAAGACAAUUAAAAAGGAAUUUAAGGGAAAGCAUGUCAGAAGCUAUUUAGGUAAGACUGACAGGGUGAAAUCCAAAUCGGUUAAGUGUUUCUUGUGCAAUGAGAACCACGUUAUUUAUUAUUGUUCAGACUUCUUAAAAUUAAGUAUUCCACAAAGAUUAGAGAAAGUCAAUGAAUUGAAUUUAUGUAGAAAUUGUCUUUGUAAAGGACACACAGCUGAUGAGUGUCGAUAUAUUGCUUGUCCAAACUGCAAGGAAAAGCAUAAUAAAUUAUUGCAUGUAGAAAAUGAAAGAGUUGCCCUCACUAGUUUUACAAACUCAUAUGUUUUAUUGUCAACAGUAAAAAUUCACGUAACUGACAAUUAUGGAAAUAAACAUAUUUGCCAUGCACUCUUGGAUUCGGGAUCACAAUUAAAUUUCAUAACUCGAGAUUUCGUUUCAAAAUUUAAAUUGCCUCUUUCAAAUGCACAUAUAAGUGUGACAGGAAUAAAUUCAGUUUCACAUAGAAAAAACAAUGCAAUGUUUUGGUGGAAUCACUGA